AUGACAGUGUACGUGGACAUAUGCGAGGAGCCAUAUGGAGGUGGCAUAAUAAGAGGAAGAACACAGACUUACGAUGUAAUGACAGUGUACGUGGACAUAUGGGAGGAGCCAUAUGGAGGUGGCAUAAUAAGAGGAAGAACACAGACUUACGAUGUAAUGACAGUGUACAUGGACAUAUGGAGGGAGCCAUAUGGAGGUGGCAUAAUAAGAGGAAGAACACAGACUUAUGAUGUAAUGACAGUGUACAUGGACAUAUGGGAGGAGCCAUAUGGAGGUGGCAUAAUAAGAGGAAGAACACAGACUUACGAUGUAAUAACAGUGUACAUGGACAUAUGGGAGGAGCCAUAUGGAGGUGGCAUAAUAAGAGGAAGAACACAGACUUAUGAUGUAAUGACAGUGUACAUGGACAUAUGGGAGGAGCCAUAUGGAGGUGGCAUAAUAAGAGGAAGAACACAGACUUAUGAUGUAAUCACAGUGUACAUGGACAUAUGGGAGGAGCCAUAUGGAGGUGGCAUAAUAAGAGGAAGAACACAGACUUAUGAUGUAAUGACAAUGUACAUGGACAUAUGGGAGGAGCCAUAUGGAGGUGGCAUAAUAAGAGGAAGGACACAGACUUAUGAUGUAACAACAGUGUACAUGGACAUAUGGGAGGAGCCAUAUGGAGGUGGCAUAAUAAGAGGAAGAACACAGACUUAUGAUGUAAUGACAAUGUACAUGGACAUAUGGGAGGAGCCAUAUGGAGGUGGCAUAAUAAGAGGAAGGACACAGACUUAUGAUGUAACAACAGUGUACAUGGACAUAUGGGAGGAGCCAUACGGAGGUGGCAUAAUAAGAGGAAGAACACAGACUUACGAUGUAAUGACAGUGUACAUGGACAUAUGGGAGGAGCCAUAUGGAGGUGGCAUAAUAAGAGGAAGAACACAGACUUACGAUGUAAUGACAGUGUACAUGGACAUAUGGGAGGAGCCAUAUGGAGGUGGCAUAAUAAGAGGAAGAACACAGACUUAUGAUGUAAUCACAGUGUACAUGGACAUAUGGGAGGAGCCAUACGGAGGUGGCAUAAUAAGAGGAAGAACACAGACUUAUGAUGUAAUGACAAUGUACAUAGACAUAUGGGAGGAGCCAUAUGGAGGUGGCAUAAUAAGAGGAAGAACACAGACUUAUGAUGUAAUAACAGUGUACAUGGACAUAUGGGGGGGGGGGGGGGGGGGUCACAAUCCAGUCCUAUCGUCCAACCAAGACACUAGAGAGAUGCUUGUGCAAGGGUUAAAGCCACCUGACCCCUUGGUACCUGUUACCAGUCCCAGCAAGUCACCAAAUUAACCCUUUGAUAAAUGUGUGUUUCACCCGAGCCUCUUUCAGAAAGGUGAACCUAUUUUGAGAUCAAAGACCAGAGCUGAUAAUUUAAACAUUUAUUCAGAAAAAAUCGUUUCACAUCUACUUACAAAAUAAAAGGACAAAGGACACACAGGCACAAAAAUAUACUAAAGAGUUUGUCAAAACAAAUUCACAAAACAGCAUAAUGGUUAUGUAGCAGUCCUUGUGGGUCCUGAGUCUCCAGCUGUUUCUUAGGAUGUUGUCAGCUUUUUCCACAGGGUUGUAAUGAAAGUUUGUGAACCAAGAAUGUGCUCAGCAUCUAUGUUUUAUACAGUGCGGCAAAACAGUAUUUAGUCAGCCCCCAAUUGUACUCGUUCUCCCCCUUAUAAAGAUGAUCAUCAUAGGUUAUAACCCCAACUAUUAGAGGCUCAGGUAUAUAUAGAAAAAGAAACAGAGAAAAAGCGCACUAAUGGUGUUGCGCUCACCUGUCCCAGGCACAACACUGUUGACUGCUUCUUAGUCCCAGAUCACUGGGAGACAGAUGGUCUGGAAAGGGCCGCUGGCACCUCACCGUCACGGGAACCGGUCCUGGACGUCUGGUCAGUAGAGGCAAAUAAAGGGAUCUGUCAUCCACAAAAACACGGUGCUCCAAAAGCGCUCCUUUUCAAGGUGAUGGCUGGGAUUAAUAAACGUUUUGCAGCGUCACUUCUUGUUGGACCAUUCAAAGAAGUAUUCUACAAGGAACAGGCUAUCAAAAGAAACAGCGUUUUCAGUGGUUCCCUGUAUACUGCCUGAAGACAACAGAAUAAGGAAAGCGCCAUCAUUUACGACUCACGGCUAUUAAUCCCAGCCAUCACCUUGAAAAGGAGCGCCAUGUUUUUGUGGAUCACAGAUCCCUUUAUUUGCCUCUAAUAACCUCAACUAUGAGACACAAUGAGAAAAAAAUCAUAAAUCACAUUGUCUGAUUAUUAAAGAAUUUGUUUGCAAA